AUGGCUGACGUAUCGAUUCGCGAUGUGUUUCUCUCGAUGCAAUUACCGCCUGUCGAUGAAAUAGUUGCCACAUCGAAAACUGAUUUUCGAACUAUUCGGAAAUCUCGUCGUUCAUGUUACCGAUCAUAUCAUGUCCCGAAAGCUGAAGAAACGACUGAUACCUCAAAUAAUCUCCUCGAUGAAUUAAUCGAGACAAUACAUGCGAAAAAUGAACAUUUGAAAGAACAUUUGCAUCAGGAGAAUCAGGCAAUCGAAGAUUUGUUAUGUAAAAAACGAGAAAUUGACCUAUGGCGUCAACUAACCAAUUUAGUUAUUCUUCCAUCAAAUCGAAAGAAAUCUUUGGAUGAGCAACUGAUUGCUUACGAUUUGACUGAAAAGAAAACCGUGGAGUUCCGCAAAGAUGAGAACGAAAGCGCUCAAUUAAAAACUUGGAAUUACAUUGGCCGCCAUUUAACUGACAAUUUAAUCGAGAAUGUUUUUCGUGAUUCGAAUAACAUCAAUACCAAUAGUGCAUCCACGGGGCAUCACGCUAUCAAAAAAGCUCGACGAACGAAUGACGGCACACAAAAGAUGCGACCAAGUACCAGCAAGGCCACAACGAUAAGUACGGCUUUACCAACGAAAAAUAAACGAGCGACGCGACGCAGUCGCAUGUGA